AUGAUGAAGCAGGAGGGGGGUGGGGAGGGGCCCGUGCAGCUGCCGGCGGCGGCGGCGGCGGCGGUGUUGUUCUUGCUGGGCAGUAGGAGGGCCUUUGCCUCCGCGCUCAUCGUCCUCGUUGUCUGCCUCGGCCUCCUCUGCGUCUACCACGGCGCCUACUUCGGCCCCGGAGUCGGUCGCCGCGACUCCCGCUCCGGCGACCUGGAAGACGACGUGUCCGACCCAGUCUUUGGCCAUCUUCUCUCCUCCUCCGCUGCGGCCACUGGGGGAGGAGCCUUCCACGAUGACGGCGGCGCCGCCGUCGUCAAAUCCAUGCCGGUACCUCGCCGUUGCUUGCUGCCUUUCUCGCUACCGAGUUCUGUGAAUCAUUGGUGAUCCGAUCCAUGGUUGGCUCGAUUGUGCAGGUGUGCGAUAUGAGACUGUCGGAGUUGAUACCUUGCUUGGAUAGGAACCUCAUCUACCAGCUGAAGCUGAAACCAAAUCUCGACCUGAUGGAGCACUACGAACGCCAUUGCCCCCCGCAGCAGCGCCGCUAUAACUGCCUCAUCCCUCCCCCUCAUGGCUACAGAGUACGUACAUCCUUCUCUCGCUCUUUCCAGUUCUCUCUCUUUCUCUCUCUCUCUCUCUCUCUCUCUCUCUUUAUCGUCUCCUCUGCCUUCUCACUGUGGCCUGGCCUCUGGCCUCUGCAUCGUUUCGCAGAUUCCGAUCAGGUGGCCUUCGAGCCGUGACGAAGUGUGGAAGGUGAACAUACCCCACACUCACUUGGCCUCCGAGAAGUCCGACCAGAACUGGAUGGUGGUUAGUGGUGACAAGAUCAACUUCCCCGGCGGAGGCACCCACUUCCACAAAGGGGCUGAUAAAUAUAUUGUCGCCCUGGCCAAGGUAUGAGCGUACGGGAACAACCGUGGGCAAUGCCUCAUUGAGCUUUCUCGUCCUCAUGGAUCGAUCAUCUCGAUUUCUUUUUAUGGGUUUCUGAAACCCAAAAAACGUUGGAUCGCUUUGGCUGAUUGCUUGCUUUCCUUUUCAUGCUGGAACGCCCCCGGUGAAGUUUAGAUGCUGAAGUUCCCUGGCAAUAACCUUAACAAUGAGGGGAAAAUCAGGGCCGUCCUUGAUGUGGGCUGUGGAGUUGCAAGCUUUGGGGCAUACCUUCUCCCCCUGGACAUUAUCGCCAUGUCAAUGGCGCCCAAUGACGUGCACCAGAAUCAGAUCCAGUUUGCUUUGGAGAGGGGGAUACCAGCCACACUGGGCGUGCUGGGGACCAAGCGCCUGCCUUACCCAAGUCGUUCAUUUGAACUGGCUCACUGCUCCCGGUGCAGGAUCGAUUGGCUUCAGAGAGAUGGGAUCCUCCUUUUGGAGCUAGAUCGGUUGCUGAGGCCUGGUGGUUACUUUGUGUUGUCCUCGCCAGAGGCAUAUGCACAAGAUGAAGAAAAUAGGAGGAUAUGGGCGGAGUUGAGUGAUCUCCUGAAGAGGAUGUGCUGGAGGAUUGCGUCAAAGAGGGAUCAGAGCGUGAUAUGGAUCAAGCCUUUGAGUAACAACUGCUACUUGAGAAGAACUCUGGGGACUCAGCCGCCUCUGUGUGACGCAAAUGAGGACCCUGAUGCUGCCUGGAAUGUACCCCUGAAUGCUUGCAUCACGCCAUAUUCCAAGAGUAAGAACCUUGCGUUUUUUAUAUAACCUUGCUUAAUGAUUUUCGACAGUUCAUCAUGUUCGUUAUGGUCAGAUUGAUCACGUUCCUAUUAAUAACUUUCUUGGGUGUUUCUCUUUUCAUUUUGUGAAAAUCUUUAUGAUGUUUAAGGAAUUUCGCUAUUCUGGGUUAUUAAGCUAUUAUUUGCUUUUGAAAUGAUAACCGCCAGUCUGACAGUUGGUCAUGUUACAAAUUCGUCAUGACAUCACAGCUUAGCUACAGUUUUGUGUGAAAAUCAAUGUUAUUAUGGUUGACAAUUGUGUAUAAUAAUUGUCAUCUAACGAUUGGUCCAUCUAACGAUUCAGCUGGCCUCUUUGAGGCAAAUCAAUCUUAUUAUUGUAUUUGUUAUCUUGUUGACGUUGUAUCUAAUAAUGUCUGCCUUGGUGAUCGUUGAUCAAACUAUGUUGACCGACUUCCACUGUAAGGCUAGCUGUUAUGGUUUAAUCCUAAUCACAUUGCUUCACUACGUCCCAAAUCUGCAUGCUAUGGAUUUCCAACUCACUGUAUUUGGUUUGCUUGUACUUUGAUUAUAUUAAUUAUACACAUCUUCAACAUAUUUUACAGGGUAAGUUCUCUUCUCUUGUUCUUUUAAUUUAUUUAUUUCUUUCCUUUAUUUGGAUGCAGAAGUCAACAAUGGAAAUGAUAGUGAAUUGGCUCCUUGGCCAAGAAGGCUCACUUCUCCACCUCCUCGUUUAGAAGAAGUUGGGAUCAGCCCUGAGGCGUUUCAUGAAGACACGGUAUAACCCUGGGAUCCUUGAUGGUUUGCUGCUGCUAUUAUUUUCAACUUGAGCUUCUAUGCUACUUUCUUUAGACGCUUCUCUCUCUCUCUCUCUCUCUCUCUGACAUUCGAUUAAUGUAGGGGAUUUGGCGCUUGAGAGUAACACAAUACUGGAAGCAGAUGAAAUCUGCAAUAGACAAAGAUUCUUUAAGAAAUAUAAUGGACAUGAGAUCGAACAUUGGAGGCUUUGCAGCGUCCCUCUCAGAUAAAGAUGUAUGGGUUAUGAAUGUUGUUCCUGUCAGCGAGUCGAGCAAACUGAAAAUCAUUUAUGAUCGAGGUUUGAUUGGAUCUCUUCAUGAUUGGUAUGUUUACUUAUAUCUUUUACUGGUAUUCUUUACUUGAGGCCAUUUAAUAUGUAUAUUUCCGUCAAUGUUGUUCUCUAGAGGCUGAUGGAUCCUAGAUUUUCCUGAUAUUUCUAUCUUAUAUUUGUCUUUAGUUUAUUUAAAAUAUUUGAUAUCACUUUAACUGGAUUGAAUUGUAAUUUUAUUUUUUAUUUCGUGAUUUACAUUGCUUGCUCAUUUCUCAGAAUCCAUUGAUGUAAAAUUUGGAUAAGUAGAGAUUGAAAUCUUGAAGGUACCUUUUCUUUCAAAUACUGAUACCUAUCGUUUCAUUGGUUGUGAGAUGGGAUGGAGUAUCCACAUCAGUCAGAACCAUUCUAGUGUAGUUUAAUUGGGAUCUGAUCAAAUGGACGAUGGAUGGGGAACAACAUUAUAUUUGCAUAUUUCUUUUGUUCAAGCUUGAAAAUGUAUGCCAAUGACCAGCUUUGGUGUCAGUUUUGAGGCUAAAAGCGUUUUGUAGGCUGUGCUCUGCUACAGUGCAUGCAAGAAAAUCUAGGGAGAAAUAACAAUUAGCUCCCCUGGACUAGCUUCCUAUUAAGUCUUCCAAGAUUGAUGGAGGUAUGUGGUCAACUGGGCUUCUCAAGUAGUCAAUGUCGUCGCCUGCCUUGAUGCCAGGGGCUAUGAAAUAACCAGCUGAGUAUGUUGCAGCAUCUUCCUGAAGGUUUUUUUCGAGGAAAGGUAGUUACAUUAAGUAGCUGCUCUGGGUAAAGAUGUUGCCGAGCUUCGGUUGACCAACUUUGGUUGACUUGGACCCACCCUUUGGAUUACCGUUGACUUACUGAUUUAGUAAAAAAUGCAGAAAAGAAAACCAUGCGUCGUAAUCACCCUGAAACCCCAUUCUGCAGGUCCGUUUUUUUUUUACUCAGAAGUAAUGAAUGAAGUGAAGGACAAGAAGAGAUCCAGUGGCAAGUGUUGACUCAGAUUCAGCUGGGCAGAAAAUCUGUCAGAAAGAUGAUAGGAAAUUAGCCACAUAAAUAAAAUUACCAGUUCAAAACCCAUCGUCAAUCUUUGGUUCUUGUGAAGGCUUUUAGCUGCAACAGGGUUUCAAUGGACGCUUGAUAAAUUGAUAAAGCUCUCCCCUAAUGUUUCAGCUGCAGCAAGAACCUCAGUGGAGCAUAAGAAAAAUGAAAUGAUAUCAUAGUCUGCUUCAUGCUUUCCCCCGUUGACCAAAAAGGUAGAAGGUCGCGGUCAUUGAGGAGGAUAAUGCUUGACUUUUGGACGGUGUUCUUGAUGAUUAUUGCUCAGCCAUGACUGUAAGCUUCUGAUGAUCAAGUUCUUGGACAUGGGCUUUCCUAUAGGUGAUGCUUCUUGAUCUGCAGGCCUUUUGAGAUAUUUGGGACAUGAUGCGGCUGAUCCGAUCAUGGAAAGGCUUGAUAACUCAUGAUUUCUGUCGUGCCGAUUUUCUGCUUCGUUUUUUUUGGUUGUUCUUCGAUGGAGAGAUCGAGCCUUCUAUCGUCAACUGCGGCCUGUGAAUUACUUAAUGUGCUGAUCGUCUGCUGUUCUUUCUUCUCUUCGACUGCCCGCUUCCUGCAGGUGCGAGUCGUUCUCCACGUACCCUCGCACCUACGAUCUUCUCCACGCCUGGCGGGUGUUCUCGGAGAUCACUGCUCGGGGCUGCGGCAUGGAGGACCUGCUACUCGAGAUGGACCGCAUAAUCAGGCCGCUAGGGUUCGUCAUCAUCAGGGACGACCCCUGGGUGAUAAGCCGCGCGGAGAGGUUCCUGGCGGCGCUGAGGUGGGACGGCUGGUCGUCGGCGGAGCCCAAGGCCGAUGGGCUCUCCCCCGCCGGAGCAGAGCGGGUUCUGAUCGCGAGGAAGAGGCUGUGGAAGGAAGAAUCCGAGGGCCUCUGA